GUUUAAGUAUUCAGAUCUGAGAUAAAUUAUGGUUUUAGGUUGAAAGUUAGUUGUGAUAAUAUUCAUCUCCAUUAUAUUAACUCAUAUCAAUUCAUCGAUUCACCCGAAUGGGAAGCUGGUCAUGUCACUAGUGAUGAAUUGUUUCAGGUGACAAUCACAGCAGAAGAAGAAAGUCUGUAUUUGUGUUGGCCUAAAUUAAAAUUAGCUAGAGUGCUCAGACAUAGGCCUAUGUUGAAGAUAAUACUGUCUAAUUUAAUAGGUAAGGAUAUAACACAGAAGUUGUACUGGUUAAAUGAAGCUGUUGGAUUAACUGGAAGUUAUGGAACUAAAGAUGCCACCCCUACAGGAUGUGAACACCUAAGAAGAAUGAUGUCUCGUUCAUUAUCGGCCGAUGCUGUCAAUACUAGCACCAAGGGACAUGUCAGAUCUAAUGCAUGGCGUAAGCAAGCUGCAGAUAAAUCUGAUCUUCUGCUUUCUGAUACUGAGUCACCGCUGAAGUACACUCAACAUGAGUGGUGGCCUCCCGUUGUCGCCAAUCAGUUCUUGGAAAAUUCUCCCUUCGCUGCUGCAGCAGCACAGCCAGCAAACCUGCUUCCUGUUCCUUUGACCCCUGUUACUCCUAAGAGGACCAGCGUUAGAAGGCACCGAGAGGUCAAGUUUGAAGAAAGUAAUGUCUGACAUCAGGUUGCGCCACCUCAGCUCGUCGAGCCCGUGUCUAUUCUCAAACCUGUAACAUGAGCUUCCUAAUGUAUUCUUUUAAAGUCUCCCAUCUGUUCUCUAUUUAAUCUCUCAUCUGUGCUUUCAGGUAUUUCAUUUACCUAAUUUUUGGCAUUACAAUUAUGUUUAUUAUAAUUUAAAUAAUUUUUUUACAUUCAUACUAAUAUAGUAUCAGGUGGUGUUGGAUUUCUGAAAGGGCAAUGAUGAAAACCAUGUCCAUAAUACCUAAAAAAUAAUUAUUAUUGAAAAUAUUAAACAUAAUCUAUUUUGUAUUCUUCAUGUGAUUUUUUUAGUUUUUAGUAUCCUUGCAUUUUUAAAAACCUUAUACUAUUUUAU